AUGGCCGGCGAACAAGAUACACAAGAAGUUGCUGCAAUUAAAACUCAAAUUGAAUCAUGGCUUAAAACAAACAAUAAUACACUUAAAUUAGAUUUAACUAAUAAUACUCUUGAUUUUAAGAAAAUUUGUGAUACUCUUUUUACGAGUGAUCAAGCUACAAUAAGAAUUACUCUUGGUUUUAAAGAUGACAAUUUAACAAAAAAUUCUUCACUUGAUCAAUUCCGUUCAAAUUUUAAUUUUGUUGCAUUGGAUCGUCUUCCGAUACCUGGCCUUGAUGGUGUUCCAUCACAAUGGAAUAUUUAUCCUCAAACUCCGAUGUCAUCAUUUUCUGAAGGUGUCACUCUCGAACAUUAUGAUCCAAAUACACAAAUAUUACAAAUACAUAUUCAAACAAAUUUUUUUGCUAUCUAUGGAAGUGUUCCACAAGAACAUCCAAUGAUGGAUGCUGCAGCACCAAAUGGUACUUAUUUACAAGUCCGACGUGAUAUUAAAGGCGAUAUUAAACUUAAUGCUAAACUCAAUUUUUAA